UUAGGAAACUGGGAAUGGACAUCUACUCGGGGACGUUUGCGCUCAUCGGAGCUGCCGCCUUCCUUGGAGGUGUGGUCAGAAUGACCAUCAGUCUGACUGUCAUCCUAAUCGAAUCCACCAACGAAAUCACAUACGGGCUGCCCAUUAUGAUCACACUAAUGGUUGCUAAGUGGACGGGAGAUUUCUUCAACAAGGGCAUCUAUGACAUCCACAUCCAGCUGAGAGGAGUGCCGCUGCUGGAGUGGGAGACAGAGAUCGAGAUGGACAAGCUGACUGCCAGUGACAUCAUGGAGCCCAACCUCACCUACGUGUACCCCCACACCCGGGUCCAGUCUCUGGUCAGCAUCCUGCGAACCACUGUCUACCACGCCUUCCCCGUGGUCACUGAGAACCGGCAGAACGAGCGGGACUUCAUGAAGGGGAACAUCCUGGUCAGCAACAACAUCCGCUUCAAGAAGUCCAGCGUGAUGUCCCGUGCAGGGGAGCAACGGCGGCGCUGCCAGUCCAUGAAGUCGUACCCGUCCAGUGAGCUGAGGAACGUCUGUGAUGAGCAGAGCGCCGCGGUGGAGCCGGCCGAGGAGGGCGAGGACCUGCUGCAGCAGAUGUUGGAGAGGAGGCACGCUCCCUACCCCAACCUCUACCCAGAUCAGUCCCCCAGCGAGGAGUGGACCAUGGAGGAGCGCUUCAGACCGCUCACCUUCCACGGCCUCAUCCUGCGCUCACAGCUGGUCAACCUGCUCAUCAGGGGGGUCUGCUACACUGAGAACCAGUCGGUCAGACACACACACACACACACACACACACACACACACACACACACACACACACACACACACACACACACACACACACACACAGGUAAGACUCAUUUUAAUCAGGGUUCCCGCGGGGUCUUAAAAGUAUUUAAAAGGGUGGUGAUGGAGCAGUGGAUGCCUUUGGUGUGAGAAACCAGGGUUCAAAUCCCCCCUGUACACUUAACCCCUCGUUGCUCCAAAGGCGUGUGACCUAUGACAUAUAUAGCAAAUUUAAUAUUCUAAAAAUAAAAAAUAAACCUUAAAAGUGUUAAAUUUCAUUUUCAUUUUUCUUGUCGUUUCAUAAGAUUACAUAAAUGCGGUAACAUCAUAAAUAAAUAUCUUAUGUGUGUUUGACUUUAGAAUUUACUAGAUGUGACUCGGAUGUGAUACGACAGUACAGAUAACGUUACUGUUUACGUCAGUGUUUAGCUUUACACUGUGGACUGUGCACGAAUCAGUCAGUUGUUAGGAAAGAAAAGAAAACGUCUCUGAUGUGCUACUAACAAGCUUGUUAGCUCGUUGACUCAGAAUGUGCAAGUGUCUGAAGUUCAGAAGGCCAGAAAUGCGGACAAGUUGGUGGACGAGGCUGAGGGCAGUGGCGCUGAGGUUAGCGCAACAAGCAGAUUGGCGUGCGAGUCAGUCACAGAAUGGCGAGCGGUAAUGAAACAGUGGAGCUGGAAGACCUGUCUGCAGGUUCCUGAUCAGUUAACGUUACAACAGCAGCAGAGAAAGUUGUGUAUGAGAUGAGGACUGUCUGUGUGUUGGCGUUGUAGGGUAACGUUAUGUGAAUGGAAACAUCCAACAUGCUAAUGCACAUUAAACUACAUCACCCAGAUGCGCCGAUCAC